GAUGAAUUGUGUUUAAAUUAACAACAACUAAGAAUGGCAUGAACAUGUGAUGAGUAGUUAAAAACCAGUUGUUGUAAGUUUUUUUGCUGAAUGGUAUGGAUCUUGAAAUUAAUCAAAAAUAGGUGUGCUCCAUGCCAUAAGUUAAAUCCUCAAUUAAUACAAGAAGCUUAGAAGAACUGUGAAAAAUGGUAACUUGCUUUUGUGAAUGUUGACAAUGAGGAACUUUACGAUGUUGUACAAUAAAUAGCGGUAUAGUUGAAUAUUGAUUUAUUUUAGAAGGCCUAAAUUCCAUCUGUUCAUUUACUAAAUAGAGGAACUUCUAUUGAUUCUAUGACUGGAUAUAGCGAAAGAAAAACCAAAUCCUUCAUAGAUAGGGUUUGCAGUUGA